GUCAGACGUUGGGAAGCUGUGGGCUAUCACGUGGAAGCGCAUCCACCGCAUCUCAUCUUCGGCGAAACACGUUAAACGGUUGAGACAUGUGUCACGAGACUAAAAUCCCCAUUUAAUUUGGACUAGUAUGUCUCAGAGUAGCGGUGUUGUUGGCUGGAAAUUAACUCUGAAGAUACAUGUCGGGUUGAGAGCAUUCACGAUAAAAGUCGGAGCUUCUCUUUAUUUCCCAUCCACAUGAGAAGUUUGCCAGGAGCUGGCUGAAGGGAAACUAACUGCGUUCUCGGAAGGCUGUCUAACCCGUGAAGUCACCUCGACGCUUGUUUUUAAAGGACGCUGAGGGUUGCAUGCCUCAGUACCAAGAAAUUACAUUCAGUGAGAGACCUCUGCAAAGGAGACGCAAAGAAAUAUCUGGAGGAUGGAGGACAGAUCUGAGGACGAUCGCGCACAGGAGAACGGUCGUAGUGACGGCACGAACAGGGAGUCCCGCACCACCCCUUGCACCAGUCUGAGGAUGUUUCUGGUAGCAUUGUCCUUUGCCUAUUUUGCAAAGGCUCUGUCGGGGAGCUACAUGAAGAGCACAAUAACUCAGCUGGAGAGGCGCUUUGACAUCCCCAGUUACCUAAUAGGUGUCAUUGAUGGGAGCUUUGAGAUAGGUAACCUGCUGGUGAUAGCUUUCGUCAGUUACUUUGGGGCCAAGCUCCACAGGCCAAAGAUCAUUGCAAUGGGGUGUGUAUUGAUGUCUUUCGGCACCUUUCUCAUUGCGCUGCCUCACUUCAUCAUUGGACGCUAUGAAUUUGAAACAUCAGUCCGGUGGGUAGUGAACUCAACCCUUAACCCAUCUCCAUGUCAGGUGGGUUCACCAGCAAACCCGACACAAGAUGGUAAACUGCCUAAAUUGCCAUCAUCAGCUUGUGAAGGCGAGUCCAACCUGUCAAUGUGGAUAUACGUGCUUCUGGGGAAUGUCUUGCGGGGGAUUGGGGAGACACCUGUUCAGCCUCUGGGGAUCUCCUACAUAGAUGAUUUUGCUACUGAGGAGAAUGCUGCACUAUAUGUUGGCUGUGUGCAGACCAUCUCUGUUGUUGGCCCUGUCUUUGGAUACCUGCUAGGCUCACUUUGUGCCAAAAUCUAUGUGGACAUUGGAUUUGUAAAAAUGGAGACCAUCACCAUUACCUCAGCAGAUGCCCGCUGGGUGGGAGCCUGGUGGCUGGGCUACCUCAUAGCUGGGGUCAUCACCCUGCUAUCUGCCAUCCCAUUCUGGUUUCUGCCCCGUUCUAUACCCAUGUAUGGGCAGCAGGUCUCAAAGAAGUGCACUCAGGAGCAGGCACGUUUCAUUAAAGACUCGCCUCAUCUGAAACACAAGUAUGCAACAGAUGAACAAAGCAGUUUUAUAGAGAUGGCCAAAGAUUUUAUUCCAACCUUGCGGACUCUACUGGCACACCCGGUGUAUUUGAUCUAUCUCUGUGUGACAGUCAUCCAGCUGAACUCUCUCAUUGGCAUGGUCACUUACAAGCCCAAGUACAUCGAGCAGCACUUUAGGCAGUCUGCAUCAAAGGCCAACUUUCUAAUGGGUGUAAUCAAUAUUCCUGCUGUGGCACUGGGGAUGUUUACUGGUGGUCUGCUGAUGAAGAGACUGAAACUGAAUAUUUUGGGAGCAGCCAAAUUUGCAUUUGGCACUUCUCUUAUUGGUUACAUCCUGUCACUGUUCUUUUUUGCUAUGAGCUGUGAGAAUGCCAAGGUAGCUGGGGUCACACUGGCGUACAACAGCUCAGAAAAGAUAUCUUAUGAUUCACACUCAGUGCUCACAGGCUGCAACUCAGGCUGUUUGUGCUCACCGAGUGAGUGGGACCCAGUCUGUGGGGACAAUGGCAUCACAUAUGUCUCUCCAUGUCUUGCGGGCUGCACUACCUCUGCAGGCUCAGGGAAAAACACAGUCUUCUCUAACUGUAGCUGUAUCGGUGUAGCUGGUAACUUUACGGCCAGUACAGGUCAGUGCACUGAAAAGGACGACUGCGACAGGAUGUUCCCGUACUUCCUGGCUCUUUCUGUCAUCACUUCCUUUAUUAUCUCUCUUGGAGGAACUCCAGGCUACAUGCUUCUUAUCAGGUGCAUCAAACCGCAGCUAAAAUCACUGGCUCUGGGUUUCCAUGCUUUGGCAACACGUACCCUUGCAGGGAUCCCAGCACCCAUCUACUUUGGAGCAAUCAUUGACACCACAUGUCUCAAAUGGGGUCAAAAGAGAUGUGGAGGGAUAGGAGCCUGUAGAAUCUACAACACCACUGCCUACAGGAUAGCAUAUCUGGGCCUGACUCUGAGCCUGCGGACCAUUUCAUUUAUUAUUUGCAUACCAGGCUUCAUCCUGCUCAGUCGACAGCUGAAGGAGGAGGAAAGAAGUGCCAUGCAUGGAGCUCUGACUAAUGGUGGAACCGAACUAGAGGCACUCAGGAAGGAAGAGUUUAUGAUUUCAAAUUCUGACCAACCACCACACACAUCAGACAACAGCAGAGACAGGAACACCCGGCUGUAACGCAUCCAACAGGACUGACUCUACCACUUGUCUCUUCUACAUGUGCUGGCCACUCACACUUUUGCUGUCGAAGUGUAAACAGAGUGAUACUGUCCACAUGCGCACACACUCACAUACAAAUGAGAUUAGCAGGGAAUCACGUAUCCAAUCAUCUCAUGUAAAGCAUAAAAUCUAUAUUUGUACUACCGAAUGUGUGUAGGUGUUGUAA